GGCUCCGCGGAGAGGCGCCCGCGGCGGAGCGCGGCGGGCAGGCAGCGCGGCGGGCAGCCCUCCGGCGGGCGGCGAUGGCGGCCGCACUGGGGUCGCGGGCGGCGACGCGGCUCCUGUUCGCGGCGCUGCGGGGCCGCGGCCCGGGCGUGGAGGCCAUGUCAGCAGAUGCCCACUGGUUGACAGCAGAGGAGAGGAGCCAAGUUAUACUUGACCUUAAAGCAGCAGGAUGGUCGGAAUCAAAUGAGAGAGAUGCCAUCUACAAAGAGUUCUCCUUCAAAAAUUUUAAUCAGGCUAUUGUGAAUUAUUUAAAAAAAACAGUCCAAACCCAAAAAACCCUACUGAUCAACAGCUGAAGUUAAGGUAACUUAUAUUGGAAUAUUGCAGAAAGAAUUGACUCAA